GAUAUGCAGUGUUGCCAUUUUGUGGGUUAAGAUUCAAAUGAGACUUUUUGGCGCCUAAAUGUUGCAUCUCUUUUCCCCGUUGAAAUUCCAAGUCGCUCACCUACGCUGACUCAUCCAAUAAGAAAUGUGAAAGGAGGCGUGACCGAAACAAACGAAACGAGUCGACUUCGCGAUUCGUACUUAAGUAGGUAAAUAAGUAAAGUUCAGUGUACUUAAUUGAUUACAGUUCGGCGAAAAAAAGAAAAAAAAUUGUUUAUUUAUAGUUUUUAAAUUAUUGGGCGUGUUUGAUGGAAAAUGACAACAAUCGGAGAUGCUGCCUUAGAAAAUAGGGAAAAUAUACCGUUGCAGAAAGGUCGCAAAAGCGCGACUUUCUGCUCGUGCAGUGAGGACUAUUUGAGUGGUUCCAAGUUUAUAAAUGUGGCUUUUGGGACUUUAACAGUAAUAAUCACAGCGGCUUUGUUACUACAAAUUUAUUACGGUGACUAUCAGGUGGUCCCCCAUGGCAGUGUUGCCACUGACAGCCUUGAAUGCUCAAAAAUAGGCACUCAAAUUUUGAAAAAGGGCGGCAAUUCCGUCGAUGCUGCAAUAGCGAGUGUUUUUUGCCUCGCCGUUGUCACUCCACACUUGACAAGUUUGGACGGAGAAGGCCAACUUCUCGUCUAUAAUCACCGGGCAAGGCUUAUCCCGGACGUGAUUGAAUUCAAUGUUGGCAACAAUGACGCGGAACAUUUGCUACCAAGGCUGGUCCUGGGGCUGGCUUUUGUGCACCAACAGUACGGCACAGUGCCCUGGAAGGAGCUGGUACAGCCUGCGGCAGAGCUAGCCAGACGGGGGUUUCUCAUACCCAAAAUGUUGGUCCAGGCGAUCAAACAGGCCAAAGCCGAGGAUUUGUACGGCAGGCUUGAGCCGGGACAAAUGCUACAACUCGAGAAUUUGAGCAAUACUUUGGCCCAAAUCGCCAACAUCCCCGAGAAAGAACUGUACAGUUUCGUCAAACCUGAAAACCAGCCCAGGUAUUCCCCCGCCCUCAAACUCACAUUCAACGCCUACGACAUAUACGUACCGGAUCGCCCCUCCCUAGGCCCCGCCCUCUUGACUUACCUCAAACAACUGGAAAGUUUCAAUUUCACCAAAACUGACACCACUCGCACUGAAUACAUCUACCGAUUGGCCGAAACGGCCCAAAACCUCUACAACGACCUCAACCUGACCUCCAAAUACCACACGGGGACGUCAACCAACGUCGCUGUCAUGGACCUGAACGACAACUACGUGUCAUUCACCACAGGGUUGUACGCCCUCUUCGGCACGGGCGAGAUGACCACUGGGGGCUACACCCUCGACGUCCACCCCAAAGCCACGCCUUGCUCCCGCCUACCUGUCAUAAUCACCGACGCUCAGGCCAUUUGUGGGCGGCGCCUCUUGCUGGGAGCCAAUGACCUCUCAACGGCGUCGCAACUCGUGAUGUCAUUGCUCGUCGCCCAGGAAAAUAUCACCAAUGCGGUCGAAGCGCCGCGGUUUCAUAUCCUGGACAACGGGGGCGUGGGCAUCGAGAGCGCGCACUCGCCGGCGUUCACUGACGACGUCCUCAAGUAUCUCGAAACGUUGACGACGAGCCCGGUCCUGGUGCCCGAGCCCUACAUGAGCAGCAACAUCGUGGAGAAGGUCAAGGACGAGCUCAACUCGCACUCGGACAGUCGAGGUGGGGGCAUUGCGAGCAGGUUUUAAGCACGAGCCAAAGACGAGUGACUAAUUUAUUGUACUCUUGGAAAUAAAUAAAGCGGGUUAUUCCUUAAA